AUGGCUAUUCUGGACACGCUUCCUGGACUGGAAGUCUCAGUUGUUGUGAACGGCCAAGAUCUUCACGAAUAUCAGGACGCUCACGCAAGAGAUGAAGAAGACACCGUUACCAAGUAUAUUGAGGUUGUUAGUGAUGCAUACUUUGCCAUCAAGGUCACUACCGCAAGAAAACUCAAGCUGCCAGGCAAUAAUCUGUCCAUUCACGUCACGAUCGACGGCGUGUGGGUGUACGGAAUUGAUUUGAGUCGCAUGGACAAAAAUCGCUCUGGCCCGUACAUGAUCGAUAGCGCGGUAGCUGGAAACAGCGUCGGGAAGCUGAAGUUCAGCAAGCUCAACAUUGUCGAGGAGAAAGGUGUGGGUCUGUCCCAAGAUAAAAACAAGGUCCAGAAGCUGGGCUGCAUCGAAGUUGUUGUCACCCACGAAAAUAAGACAAAGACCAAGUCAAAACGUAAGGUGCGUCUUCCAGCACCAGUGGAAGAUAGCGAAGACAACACAGACGACGAAGACCAUGAAGACAACCAGAAAACAGUCUCUGAGAAAGACGUCAAGGGUCAAGGUGUCACUCAUACUUACGGCUUGAGUGAAAAGGUCGACAUCCCUCGUAGCAAGGGCGGCAAGUCUCACACCACCAAAUACGUGGCGGUAAUGGGAGCCAAGAAUCCUGCAGGAACCUUCGGAUUCCAAUACAGAACGAUGGAAUCCCUCAAAGCAUUGAUAAUCGUUCCAAGAACGCCUUCGCCCACUCCUCUCGAAGAUCGUCCCGAGGAACAACUCACCCACGAACAGACCAUGGAACUGCUCCGUCGCUACAAGGCAAAGGAAGCCAGAAACAUUGAGAUCAAGAAAGAAAUAGACAACGACGAUUACAAUUCCCGUGCCCACAAGAGAGUUCGUUCGACCAUCACAUCUACUUACCUGGAGCUCAAUGACGAUGAAACAUUCAUCGAGCUCUCUGCAGUCAACAAGGAAAAGAACAUUCCCAUUGUCGAUCUGGAUUGA